GUGUGUGUGUGUGUGUGUGUGUGACAGAGAGAUGGGUUGAGAGCUCGAUGUCUCAGCGAUACUCACUGCUGCUGCUCAUUUCUUUUUUUUCCAGGCUGGAGUUCGGGCUUGGAUAGACACAGACAGACAGAGAGAGAGAGAGAGAGAGAGAGAGAGAGAGUGAGAGAGAGAGAGAGAGAGAGAGAGAGAGAUGGGCUCCGCGUCCUCCGCUUACAGGAUCAUCUACCUGGACGUGGACGGCAGGAUUCAGAAGGUGGUUUUCAGCCGGUUCUGUAGUCCCUGUGAUAUCAAGGACCUCUUUUGCACAGCCAUGGGGUUGCCCAGGAAUACAUCCCUUUCCCUCCUGGACUCAACUGGAGCUAUGGUCUCCAUCGACCCCACCAUGCCAAGCAACUUGGAGAGGUCGCCAUACAAGGUGGUUCCCCUCACUGGAGGGCAGCUGGCUGAUAAAGAAGAACUUUUUCAGAAUGUACUGACUCAGGUAGCGGAGCAGUUCUCCAGGGCUUUUAAGAUAAAUGAGCUGAAGUCUGAAGUGACGAACCGCUUGGCCAUGUUGGAGAAAAGAGUGGAAUUGGAAGGGAUGAAGGUGGUGGAGAUUGAGAAAUGUCGCAGUGACAUUAAGAAGCUGAGGGAGGAGAUGGCCUCCAGGAACAACAGUAGUUUCCUGGAUGACAACAAGAAGCUGACUCCUCGCAGAGAUGUGCCUUCUUACCCAAAGUACAUGCUCUCGCAGCAGACCAUAGAUGCCCUCAGAAAACCCGCCUUCGAUGUCUGGCUGUGGGAAUCCAAUGAGUAUCACCUGUCCAAAGAGACGAUAGACGCUUUGAGACAGCCCAUCUUCGAUGUGUGGCAGUGGGAACCUAAUGAGAUGCUCAGUUGUCUUGAGCACAUGUAUCAUGAUCUGGGUUUGGUCACAGACUUCAACAUCAACCCUAUUACGCUGAAGAGAUGGCUGCUCUGCAUUCAUGACAACUACAGGAACAACCCAUUCCACAACUUCCGCCACUGUUUCUGCGUCACACAGAUGAUGUACAGCAUGAUCUACCUCUGCAACCUACAGGAAAAGUUCACACAGGUGGAUAUUCUGAUCCUCAUGACUGCAGCUGUGUGUCAUGAUCUAGAUCAUCCUGGAUACAACAACACGUAUCAGAUAAAUGCACGGACAGAGCUGGCGGUGAGGUAUAAUGAUAUUUCUCCUCUGGAGAACCACCACUGUGCCGUAGCCUUUCAGAUCUUCUCUCAGCCAGACUGUAACAUCUUCUCCAACUUCGAUGCUGAAGCCUUUAAACAGAUCCGUCAGGGCACCAUCACUCUGAUACUAGCUACAGACAUGGCUCGGCAUGGCGAGAUCCUCGACUCCUUCAAACAGAAGGUGGAGACCUUCGACUUCACCAAUGAGGAGCAUGUCACCUGUUUGAAGAUGGUGCUGAUUAAGUGCUGUGACAUCUCCAACGAGGUUCGGCCGAUGGAGGUGGCCGAGCCGUGGGUGGACUGUUUGCUUGAGGAGUACUUCAUGCAGAGUGACAGGGAGAAGGUGGAAGGCUUACCCGUCGCCCCCUUCAUGGACAGAGAAAAGGUCACUAAGCCCACGGCUCAGAUCGGCUUCAUUAAGUUCGUCCUCAUUCCCAUGUUCGAGACAGUGAUGAAGCUGUUUCCUCAGAUCGAGGAGGUGAUGGUUCAGCCACUCAGAGAAUCACGAGACAGAUAUGAAGAACUCAAACAGAUUGACGAUGCCAUGAAUGAGGUCCAGAAAAAGAAGAGUGAGAACCUCACCAUGGGAGGGAAAAAGAAAUGAGUCGGGAUAAUCCGCUGAAUCUGAAUCCGGAUCCUGUAAGUUGGAAAGCUGAUGAAUGUAGAGUGACAUGUUGGAAAUCUUCCCAGACAAUCCAAAGCCUCUUUCAGGGAAUGUGAAUUGUAAUCAGCGCACACACAAGACACCUGACAUUAUUCCAUAGCUAUUAUUCUCUAUUUGCCUUGUUUUUAUUUGGUUUUAUAUAUAUAUAUAUAUAUAUAUAUAUAUAUAUAUAUAUAUAUAUAUAUAAGAUAUAUUAUUCGGGUUGUACAGAUUUUUAGUCACUUUUGUCCUUUAUUACAAAAAUAAAAAGUUUUA